AUGUCAGCCCUACGAUCCCGCUCCAUACAGGCACUGGAAACCCUCCAACACGCGACUUCAAUCUCGCAAGCACCACGAACAAGGAUCCCCCCUUACCACCACCGCAUCCCCACAUUGCGAGCAAUCAGCUACAGCAUCCCACGAGUCCAGAACGCCAGCACAACGCCCAAGCCCUCACCAACCUCAUCCACCUCCUCGCAAGCAACCCGUGUUUCCGCACCCACUCCAAACAAACCCACAACAGACAACAUCUCGAAAAGCGGGCUCUCAGACAAGCCUUUGGAGCUGGAGUCCGCGCCAGAAGAGAAGAUCGACUGGACACGCUCGUUCCACGGACUCUCGGCCGCGCCGUUCCCCAAGGAAGCGGCGGAUAUUCUGCUCGCUGAGACGGAUCCUGAGGAGGUGGAGAUUAAGCCGGAUGGGAUCCUUUAUCUGCCUGAGAUCAAGUACCGGCGGAUCUUGAAUCGGGCGUUUGGACCUGGUGGGUGGGGGCUUGUUCCGCGGAGUGAGAGUAUUGUUACGCCGAAGACGGUUACGAGGGAGUAUGCUCUCGUUUGUAAUGGACGUCUUGUCUCCGUCGCCCGCGGCGAACAAGAUUACUUCUCGCCAGACGGCAUUCCCACCGCCACCGAAGGCUGCCGCUCGAAUGCGCUAGUCCGUUGCUGCAAGGAUCUCGGCAUUGCGAGCGAACUGUGGGAUCCGCGGUGGAUCCGCAAGUUCAAGGCGGCGCAUACGCGGGAGGUCUUUGUUGAGCAUGUUGUUAAUAAGAAGAAGUCGAAGAUCUGGAUUCGGAAGGGUGAUCCUGUUUCGUACCCGUGGAAGGAGACGGGUAGUAAAUAA